AUGGCAGGCAUGAUAUCGGCGGCAGAAGCCGCAACAAACGGCUUUGCAUCAGACACGAUCGAUCUUGUCGCGUACAAUGCGGCUCUUAGCGACGAGCCAUUCGAAGUCAACAAAGCCUUCCAUCAGGAUCCCGAUCCUCGAAAAGUCAAUCUUGGAAUUGGUGUGUAUCGCUCUGAACAAGGCGAGCCGUGGCCACUGCCGGUUGUGCAGAAAGCAGAGCAGAUUAUUCAUCAAGAGAGCGAUCCUUCACGGCAUGAGUAUGGCGCAAUUACGGGGGAUGAAGAUUUUCUUAGCGCUGCCCGGCAACUGGUUUUUGGUCCCGAGGAUGAUGGAAAUCGACAAGAGCUUGCUAGAGUGACGUCCGUCCAAACAAUUUCCGGAACUGGAGCGAAUCAUCUGGGUGCCAUGUUCAUGGCAAAAAGGUUCAAACCGACCAAUGUCUGGCUUCCCGAGCCUACUUGGAGCAACCACUAUACUAUAUGGGACUUUGCAGGAGUAAAGUGUCGAGCAUAUCCCUAUUACAACGUCAAUACCCAGAUGCUUGACUUUGAGCGGAUGAUCGAGGUUUUGUCGACCCAGGCACAGAGGGGUGACGUGAUUGUGCUUCAUGCGUGUGCCCACAAUCCAACGGGGACUGAUCCCACCAAAGAUCAAUGGGAGCAAAUUGCCGAAACCUGCCAAAAGCUCAGACUGGCCAUUCUUUUCGACUCUGCUUAUCAGGGGUUCGCUACCGGUGAUAUUGACAAUGACGCCUGGGCAAUCCGGCAUUUCUUCCGCAGGAAACCUGCAAUGAACUUAUGUGUAGCCCAGUCAUUUUCUAAAAAUUUCGGGCUCUACGGUCAGCGCGUAGGUGCUUGUCACUUCGCAGUGGAUUCCAGCUCGAUUGAGGACAGCGUCCGCUCGCAGUUGGCCUACUUGAUACGAGCAGAGUAUUCCAUGGCGCCAAGUUGGGGUGCUGGCAUCGUCAAGCGUGUUCUCCUAGAUCCAGAAUGUUAUCGAGAAUGGAAACAAGAUCUACUUACUAUGAGUCGACGAAUUCUCAAGAUGAGGAGCGCCCUUUACUCUACGCUCAUUGAAUUGAAAACUCCCGGAUCUUGGGAGCAUAUUCUCUCUCAGGUCGGAAUGUUCUCUUAUACCGGCCUUAGCCCUGCUCAGGUUUCUCUCAUGCGACAGAAGCAUCACAUCUACAUGCUGAAAUCUGGCAGGAUAUCAUUAUCUGGCUUGCAACCUCGAAACGUGGUCUAUGUGGCCAACUGUAUUGACAGUGUCGUGAGAGAGGCGUCAAUCAACUAA